AUGGCGCCCGCUAACCUCCCCUCCAUCUUCAAUGCCACCAGCCAGGACAUUGAGCAGCUGCUCGCUGCUCAGUGCCACAUCGGCUCUAAGAACCUCGGUGUGCACAUGCAGCCCUACCUUUGGAAGACUCGUGCCGACGGCGUGAACAUCAUCAACAUCGGCAAGACCUGGGAGAAGAUCGUCCUUGCGGCCCGGAUCAUCGCCGCCAUCGACAACCCGAGCGAUGUCUGUGUUAUCUCUGCCCGUCCCUACGGUCAGCGUGCCGUCCUCAAGUUCGCCGCCCACACCGGCGCCCAGGCCAUUGCCGGCCGCUUCACCCCCGGUUCCUUCACCAACUACAUCACCCGGUCGUUCAAGGAGCCCCGUCUGAUCGUCGUCACCGACCCACGCACCGACGCCCAGGCCAUCAAGGAGGCCUCGUACGUCAACAUCCCGGUCAUCGCCCUCUGCGACACCGACUCGCCCACCGAAUACGUCGACGUUGCCAUCCCGACCAACAACAAGGGUCGCCAUGCUAUUGGCCUGGUCUGGUGGAUGCUGGCCCGUGAGGUCCUCCGCCUCCGUGGCACCAUCUACAACCGCGAGACCCCUUGGGACGUGAUGGUCGAUCUCUACUUCUACCGCGACCCUGAGGCUGAGGCCGAGGACAAGGUUGAGGAGGAGAAGCUUCCUGACGUCGAGGAAGUGGGCCCUGUCGCCAUCGAGUCCGGCUUCCCUACGGCUGGCGCUGGUGACUGGGAGGCUGCUCCCGGCGCUGGCUUCCCGGCGGCCGCUGCUACCGAGUGGAGCGAGGCCGCGCCUGUGACCUGGGAGACUGGUGCCGCCGCUGCGACCACCGAGUGGGCUGCUGAUGCCCCCAAGGAGUCCGGCUGGUAGACAAGAGACGGCACAUUAAAAUAAAAAAGGCGAUUUUUCGGGGUCGGGCGUAACGGCGCGGAUACAAGGGGCACUGUCUCUUCUGGCUUGAUUCUCCCUGACCCAUUCCCACAACACCCGCAAUGUCUUUUUUCGUCUGGGUUCGGAUACUCGCUUGCACAGUAGCAUCCCCUCGGCGAAGGUAACACAUGUACCGCACUAAUGAGGGAAAGAUAUCCUCUCCGGCACGCUGGAGAGGGGGAAUGCCCUGUGGGGUCAUGAGGGGUGGACUUAAUCGUUAUCCCGCCUUGCCUUGGAGGAAGCUCGCUCUGCCCUGUUUCCGACUGACGAGGAAAGUGGCUAGAUCCUCUUAGCAACUGGGAACGGACGAAACUUGGACUCCUGAUUGCUGUCUCUCCGUGCGCGAUUGUCUAGGCUUACAGUGCAGAACCACAACGU